CUGCCAUUGUUGAAAAACUGAGAUGAAAUGACUUAUGUCUGAAUUAAGAGGUCAUGGCAACCAGCAAACCGGUACUAUGUGGACCUUGUCAAAUAGGAAAUAAUAACACUGAAGCUGACAUCUGGUGUUACAACUGUGAUGAAGGACUAUGCUCAACAUGUUCUGGUCAUCACAAAAGAUUUAAAGGAACACUCAAUCAUAAGACAAUCAGUAUCACAAGUUAUAAACCAUCUACCAAAACUAUCAAAACAGAAUGUGACAAACAUGGUCAACAACUUAACUUAUACUGCCCCAGUCAUUUAAUGCCUUGCUGUGAUGAAUGUAUUUCUGUUAAUCAUUCAAAUUGUACUGGGAUAAAAAGUUUAGCUAACAUUAUUGAGAAUACUAAGAUUGAAAAAUCCAAAGAAUCCGUAGAGGAAGAUAUCAACUCCAUCUUAGAUCUCUUGAAUCAAAUGAUAAAUAACAAAACAACCAACAUACAAACAGGAGAACAAAAGUGUGAGGGCAUAAAGAAAUCAAUGAUCAAAAUUAGGCAGACAAUUAACAAACAAUUGGAUAAGCUGGAGGAGAAACUAUGCCAAGAAAUAGACAGAAUCUGGAAUCAGGAAAAAUUAGCAGCCAUAGAUUUUAUUUCUGAAAUAAAAGAGAAAAGGAAAAACUUGAAAGAAAUGAGCAAGCAUUUACAUGCAGUUGUAAUACAUACUCCAAAACUACAAUCAUUUCUGGGCGUACAUCAGAUUGAACAACAAGUACAUCAAUGUCAACGAUAUGUUGAUGAUCUAGAAUAUGACGACAGGACCAACCUAUUUAACAUCAAGAUGAAGCAAAAUGAUGAACUAGAAAAGGUGCUGAGCAAAUUGGAGCAAUAAGAAUCAUUAGGAGAGGUAAUGGUUGAUGAAACUGAAAUAACCCUAAAAAGAGACACAAGUGGAAGGACGGACCCACAAGUAAAAUCACGUGAACAAUCCAACAUAAACAACAUGACCAUGAAUAUUGAGACAAAGAUAGAGAUCAACACAAAUAAGAAGAUUAGUGACAUAAUUUGUCUGAUGGGCGGAAGAGUUAUAGUAGUUGAAUGGCUUGGUAAACUUAACCUAUUUACAUCUAAUGGCAUCUUUCAGAAACAGAUUGAAAUUGAAGUACAGAAACAUUUUGCAAUACCUAAAUCAUACAGUGUUACACAGAUCAAUUACAAUACUAUUGCUGUACUAUAUCCUGAAAUGACCCUCAUUAGGAUUCUCAACAUGGAGAAAGAAACACUUAUCAAAGUUAUCCAUUUAAACACGUUAGAAAAUUCACCCGAUUAUUUCAUGGGAUUAUCGUUCUCAAAUAAUUCUCUGGCAGUAGGAUACGGUCGUUUUCACAUUUUAAUUAUAGACUUGAAGGAAAAUGUCCAGAAGUUUUAAAAGUUUAUGGAAACCAACAAGACCUUUGUAGUCUUGUUUACAGUAAAAACAGAGUAAUCUAUAGUGACUUUCAUGGUAAAACAGUAAACUGUGUGGAUGAAUCAGGUGAACUGAUCUGGCAAUACACACAUGAUUUAUCAGGACCAUGGGGACUCUGUUCAGAUACUUAUGGUAACAUUAUUGUAACAGACAAGGAUCGUAUAAUAGUAGUACCAAAAGAUGGACAGGAUGGUAAAGUACUGAAUAGUGGACGGGAUGGUAAAGUACUGAUCGGUGGACAGGAUGAACUGCUGCACGAACGUUUGUUAAUUUGCUUUAAACGUAACAAGUCUUCAGGUUUUAUAAGUAAUUCCUAUGGCACUUACUUGGAAAAAUUUAAUAUAUCUUUGAGAUAAAAUAUCCUUUUCAUGAGCUAUGGAGUUUGAUGAAAUUAUAUUGUCUGAGUUUGAUAAAAUUACCUUUUCUUAGUAACUAAUUAAUGCAUAAUCCAUGUUUUACACAAACAUCAUAAUUUUAGAACAAUAUAUCCAGUCGCAGAGUUAUAAUAACAAAAAUUGUGUAUUAUAGCUGUAAUCAUUAGUUCCAACCACUCGUUAUUGGUAAUAGCAAUCAACAUGAUCAAGUAAACUAUCUCUUACUCAGUAUUUUUAGAUAUCAAUGCCCUUACAUAUACAAUACAAUACAAUACAA